GUCAUCGGCAGUGGAGCGGGGCAGGUGGGGAGCGGUGGAGACCGUUUCUAACCGGCGUGUUUAGUGCAGGCCCGUUGGUGAAAACGCUGCGAUGGCGGAGAGAACGGGUGAUAGAAAUGCGAUUUACGUGUUGAGUGUGGUGCUAUUGAUGCUGAAAUUCGCGCCUGGCUGCACGGCUAUCGAGUGCUAUGUUUGUGACAGCUCCUCACAAAUCGGCUGUGCCGAGUUCCUCACCGAUACGUCACUGCUGGAGCCCGAAUCUUGCGAUAACGUCUACGACGCCAAAUAUUGCGUCAAGAUGACACAGGUGUUUGAAGGUCAACUGGGCACAAAGCGAUUCUGCUCAUCACGUGACUUCGGCAACUACUGUGAGUGGGUGAACCGCCCCGGAGACCCCAACACCUACCAAGCCUGCGUGUUGACGUGCUCAACAAACGCCUGCAACACCGCCCCGGGCAGUAGGGCAGCCACGCUUCUGGUCGCCAUGGCAACGGCGCUCGGAUUGGUCGGCUGGCUGCGAGCGGCACGGUGAUUGGAGCGUCGGUGGUGACCUGUCGUUGCUAUGGGAACGUGAUUGUAUGAGUCUUCGAGGCUAGGUUUGUAUUGUAAUGGAUGCGGAGGGGAUUUGUGAGUUGAUGUGAACUGUAGCGAAAGGGAUGAUGUGUAUGAAAUGGCGUAAUUUGUGAAAUAGGUUGAAAUGUGUGAGACGUGGAAUGACUGUGCAAAACCGUUUUGCGCAUGCAUAGGUAUAUCGCACUUCACAUGCUCUGGCUGAGGUGGUGUAAGGACCCUGUUUGUAUGUGUUUUGUACUGGCAUGCGAUUUUAAGUUAUCAUGACUGCCGCCUUUAUCUAAUGCUGCUUCAAGAUCUGUCUGUGUCUUUAUAUAGCGUUUUUUCUAGCUACCGUUUGCGAACUGUCCUGGUUUGUGGAAGUAUAUCUUUCUGUUUCAACAUCAUUGUACGGCCCUCCAGCAAAAGAGUGUUUGGUUAACCUAUGUGCUUUUGGUGUAAUAACUUUGAAUGACAGAGACACACCUGUAAUAUGACUUAAUAGAAAUGAGAAGAGGGUUCGUGCACACACUUCGGCAAUGGUUUUUAACAGCCAUUAGACGUAUUCGUCAAUGCAGAUCGCUUAUUGUGAUGUUGGCAACCAACCACUUAUUACCUGGAGGGCCGCACAUACCUAUUGCUUUGCUUUAUAGCUGAUUGCAAUAUCCACUUUUACGCCUUUUAUUAGGAGAACUCGCUGCAUAUUUUGCGUUUUUCCGUAUAUACGCCCGCUGUUGAAAUGUACUACACAUUCUACUGCUUAGC